UUUCUCGUUUAGGCCAACUUGGAGCUCAUGUGUGUUGUUUACUAAACCAUCCAAGUACUGACUAAUCUCUGUUGCUACUUUGUUGCGGGUUGCACUGUGUUGUUUAACGGCGCGUUUAAUAUGUAUUCGCCUUGUGAUUAAAAGGGCCGCAAUGAGUGCUGGUGGGUCGGCGAGCUGGUUAGGUUUGCUUUCCUUCAUACUGAAUCGUCUCUGCAGUACAGGCGAGGCUGGUUUACUGUGAACUCUCCAUCUUCGAGGCUGCCAAGAGCCGACACAGCUGCCAAAAACAAGAAGCUUGUUUCUGCUACCAGUCUUUUCUGUGUCAGUGUCAACUAUGGAGAGCACUCAGGUGACUUUGGCAGUCAGAGGAGAAACAUCACCAGGGGAAGUGAUUGCAGUUGUUGGUAGCUGUGAAGCCCUGGGAAGCUGGAGCCAUCAGAAAGCUGUGACUUUACAACCUGAUAGUAAUGAUGGAAAUACAUGGACUACAACAAUUACUGUGCCUAAAGGAGAUGUUACCAAGUACCGAUAUUUCAAAGGCUUCUUUCUGGAGUCAAAGAGUGCAGGUGGUCCCUGUCAGGUGAUAGUCAAUAUGUGGGAGACCCAUCAUCAGCCCCGCACGAUGAGCCCCACAGCACCACACCAGAAUAUUGAUGAUGGACAAUUUGGAAUUCACAAUGGGGGGAAUUGUGUUGAUUCUGGUUGGCUGACAUGCCAAACAGAGAUCCGCCUGCGUUUGCACUAUUCAAAGGUGUCUCCAGUGUCUAUCACCAAGAAGAAAUUCAAGAAGUCUCGCUUCAGAAUCAAGCUUACACUGGAGGGUAUAGAGGAGGAGGAAGAUGAAGAAGAAGAGGAGCUCAGUCCUUCAUCUUUGCACAAGAUGACCACCACCUUGGAGAUCAGUAUGAUCAGUGCCAAUGGCUAUAAGUCACGCCACUCGCAGCCUGAAUGUGGUUAUGCACUGGAGCCAUCCCAGUGGACUGAGUACAGCAUCCACACCAUGGACCCAGACAACCUGGAGCUCACCUUUGAGUUCUUUGAGGAGGAUCUGAGCGAGCCUGUAGUCCAGGGGGAUGCUCACCCAGGACACGUGGGCACAGCUUGCCUCCUCUCCUCCUCUUUUUUGGAGAGUGGUAAGGACAACGGAGUAGUCACACUUCCCAUAAUGGGCCGAAAUUCCAGACAGACCAUCGGCAAAGUCCGCGUGGACUACCUGGUGAUCCGGCCCAUUCAAGGACUGCAUUGUGACAUGAGUUCCUCAUUCACAAAAUACUGGAAAAAGAGAAGUGCUGUGGAUGUAGGUCACAGGGGAGCCGGCAGCACACACGCAGCCAAGCACCACAGAGUCAGGGAGAACACAAUAGCCUCAUUUAAAAGUGCUGCUAAACAUGGUGCAGCCUAUGUAGAGUUUGAUGUCCACCUCUCCAAGGAUGCUGUUCCCAUUGUAUACCAUGAUCUUACCUGUUGCAUUUCCACCAAGAAGAAAAAUGACAAGACCCUGGAGCUUAUUGAGGUGCCAGUCAAAGACUUGACAUUUGAUCAGCUGCAGCUUCUGAAGCUGGCUCAUACCACUGCAAUGAAAGAAAACAGUGACAAAGAUCUGCUAGAUGAUGAAGACGAAGUCGAUGAGCACCAGCCAUUCCCCUCACUCUCGCAGAUUUUUCAAGCUAUUCCUGAGCAUGUGGGCUUCAACAUUGAGCUCAAAUGGAUUUGCCAGCUGAAGGACGGGUCAUGGUAUGACAACCUAUCUGCCUACUUCAACAUGAACACCUUCAUCGACAUCAUCCUGUCCUGCGUUCUGCAGAAGGGUGGGAAAAGACGCAUUGUCUUCUCCUCCUUCGACCCAGAUAUCUGCACAAUGGUGCGUCAGAAGCAGAACAAAUACCCCAUCCUCUUCCUCACUCAGGGAAUUUCAGACAGGUAUCCUGAGCUGAUGGACAUCCGCUGCCAGACCACUCAGAUCGCCAUAAGUUUUGCACAGAGUGAGAAUAUUCUGGGGAUCAGUGGCCACACCGAGGAGCUGCUGAAAAACCUUGCCUUCAUUGGGGAUGCCCAGUCCAAAGGUCUGGUGGUGUUCAGCUGGGGAGAUGACAACAAUGACCACGAGAACAGAAGGACGCUGAGAGAGCAGGGAAUUGAUGGGCUCAUUUAUGAUAGUAUCUGUGAGGACCAAGGAGAGCAGCCAAACAUCUUCCAGGUAGAGGCGCAACACACUCUGCAGGAGGUUAUUACAGAGGAGACCCUAAAAAGCUGCAACUGUUCCUGCUACUCCAUUCCCUGCUCCAUGGCUCCCUGCAAUGCUACCAAGGCCCGUGCUGGCAGCGCUGAGUCCGACUCUGGCCUCAGCUCCUCAUAAAUAUCCAUAAAUUACUACCUUUGGGUGAACCUCACUGCACAUACACACUCGAGAGGACCAAGCAGGGAACAGAUGAUGAAACAAAAAUGACAGCUAAGAUUUGUUUAUAUAUUCUAAAACUGACUAAAGACUGCAACAAGAUUGUUUCAUGUCUCCCCCUCCAACCUUGACCCCUCAACUUGAUCACUAGGCUAUAACCACAGAAGCCAUCUUCACUCAUCACUCCACUCUACUCAAUUACAGGUUUUGUCUGUUGUUGUAAAUCUUCACAUAUAUUUUGUUAUUUAUAAUGAAUAGAUGGAAGCUUUGCCAAAAUAUUAAAUUGGGCAUGCACGUUUUUUUUUUGUUGUUGUUGUUUUUUUUUCCUGUUUUGGGAUCAGAGCAGGCUGUACAGAGGUGGCAUAAUAGUGUAACAGUGUCAAAGUGGGAGAUUAUGCUUCCCAUUGAAUAUUUAUUUAGCCAACACCGACUUCACACCGAUGGUUUGGUUCAUUUGUUCUGGAUCAAGGGGGGGAAUGUUAUUAUAUCAUUGAUAAUAUUACAUUGCAAAUACACUCUACAUUAUGAUUAGUAACUAACAGGGACAGGAAGUAAAUGAGACUUCUUGUACAGAAAAGAUUCUGACUGUGGUAUUGCUGUCAGACACUUUUGUAUGGACUGACAACACAUAGUAGGAUGCAAGCACAGCAAUUGGUUUUAAAACAACUGCUCCAGACAGGCCAGAUGUGAAUACACCCUGACUGCUAACUGUUAGUGUGAUAUUUUACAGGAGGAAAAGUGACUAAACUGCAAAUCUUAUGUCUUUACAUUUUUGGUGACAAAGAUUACAAAGUUUUUUUUUCUUUUCGUGACAGUAGCCAUUGCCAAAUGUUUUUUUUUUUUAUCUCAAAUGAAUCAUAGCUUAUUAUUGUUGUCAGAAACAAUCUGGAAUGGUCUAGUACAUCCAGUUUGGGCUUUGUCAUACACUAAGAUUGUUAUUACCUUUGUCACGUCUGUCAUUAAUGAAUGCUCUUGGUGGAUAGAGUACAUAACUGAAAAUGUUCUCUUGAAUUGACUGUUGGAAGCGUUUUCCAUUCCACACCUUCAGACUCCUGCUCAGUCGCUCUUAACAAUGAUUUUGCUCAGUCGCUCUUAACAAUGAUUUUGACUGAAUGAUUUUAAAAUGUAUACUGCAACAUUAAUCCGUGUUAUGUCGUUGUUUUAAGACAAAGGAGAAGAAUGUUUUAGUUGUGACAGCACACAUGGAUAGCUCAGUCUUAAGGGGAAGAAAACAUGUCCAUUGCUUGCCUUUUGUUUGAGAAACCCCAAUACCUCACUCACCAUCCAUUAGAAUAGACUUGAGUCGAAAUGUCUGUACAGAGUGAACAAAUACCUCCUACAAAUCCUAUUUAACUUCACGACACCCACACUUUUUGUUGCAUGGCAGGUGACUUUUUUUAAAGGGGUGCUGAAUUAUAAUGCAGUAGUAAUGCUGCAUUCUGAACCCAGCAAAACAAAUCUGUUCAUAGUCUACUGUCUACGUAUCUGACUUAGUCAUGCAUGGUGUGUAUAUUUGUCUGAAUGAAUAACCAGGGAGAAUAUAGUAUCUGCUAUGUAAUAUUCAGGACAAAUGAGAGUAAUGUAAAUAAAAUUGAAACUUGUAUUUGC